AUGGCUCCAGCAUUGGAAGUUCAAGGAGGAGAAACUGUGUCCCUAAACAAUGUUAAUGAUGCUACAAUUCGAUCUAAAGUUACUGUUAUUGGUAGUGGUAAUUGGGGGAGUGUUGCAUCUAAGCUUAUUGCUUCCAAUACCAUUAAAAUGAGCAAUUUCCAUGAUGAAGUUAGAAUGUGGGUAUAUGAGGAGACAUUACCAAGUGGUGAAAAGCUCACAGAUGUCAUCAAUCAAACCAAUGAAAAUGUAAAAUACCUCCCUGGAAUCAAGCUUGGAAAGAAUGUUGUAGCAGACCCAGACCUUGAAAAUGCAGUGAAGGAUGCAAAUAUGUUAGUGUUUGUGACACCACACCAAUUUAUGGAAGGAAUAUGCAAAAGAAUAGCUGGAAAAAUAAGGGCAGAUGCUGAGGCUAUUUCCCUUGUUAAAGGUAUGGAGGUUAAAAUGGAAGGACCUUGCAUGAUCUCAACUCUCAUUUCUGAAGAACUUGGAAUCAAUUGUUCGGUUUUGAUGGGAGCAAACAUUGCAAAUGAGAUUGCUGUAGAGAAGUUUAGUGAAGCAACAGUUGGAUAUAGGCAGAACAAAGAAGCUGCAGAGAGAUGGGUUCAUUUAUUUUAUACUCCUUAUUUCAUUGUGACAGCUGUUCAAGAUGUUGAAGGAGUUGAGUUAUGUGGAACUCUAAAAAAUGUUGUGGCCAUAGCAGCAGGUUUUGUCGAUGGCUUGGAGAUGGGAAAUAAUACAAAAGCUGCAAUCAUGAGACUUGGUCUUAGAGAAAUGAAGGCCUUUUCAAAGUUGUUGUUUCCUUCUGUUAAGGAUAGCACCUUUUUUGAGAGCUGUGGUGUAGCUGACCUUAUCACAACAUGCUUGGGUGGAAGAAACAGGAAAGUUGCUGAGGCUUAUGCAAAGAAUGGAGGGAAGAGAUCUUUUGAUGAACUUGAAGCUGAGAUGCUGCAAGGCCAAAAAUUGCAGGGUGUGUCAACUGCAAGGGAAGUAUAUGAGGUAUUAAGCCACCGUGGGUGGUUAGAGUUGUUUCCUCUCUUCUCAACAGUACAUGAAAUUAGCAGUGGCCAACUUCCACCAUCAGCCAUAGUUGAAUACAGUGAGAAGCUACCAAGAUCCUUCUAA